AUGAACGCUUUGAUUGUCCUUUCCUCUGUCUUGGCUGCUGCAACGGCUGGCAUCAUUGCCUCCCCUUACGCCGCUGGCCUUCCUUAUGCCGCUGGCUACUUGCCUUAUGGCUACAAUGCGCCCCCAUCGCUUACAGCGGUGCCCCCGUUGCCGUGGCUCCCGCUCCAUCCCUGCUGCCCCGUGUCCUCGCAAUACCAGGCUCAGGAUGAGUUCGGAAACUUGAACUACGGAUACGCUAACAUCAACUCGGCCAAGCAAGAGGUCGGCAAUGCCUAUGGUGGUGUGACUGGCUCUUACAGCUAUGUGGAUGCUAACGGCAUCCAACAACGUGUGGACUACAUCGCUGACGAUUUGGGAUUCCGUGUCCUCGCCCCUGAGGCCGUUGAGGAUACCGCUGAGGUCGCUGAGGCUAAGGCCAAGUUCUUCGAAGCCUUCGAGGAGGCCAAGAACCGUGACAAGCGAUCCGUGGUUGCUCCUUUGGCCACCGCUUACAACACUGCCCUCCCCUAUGCCGCUCCCUAUGCCGCUGCUCUCCCUUAUAGCGCCGGCUACGGCUACGGUCUCCCCUAUGCCUCUGCUUACGGCUUAUACGCGCCGCCCACUCCUUAUGGUUUGAACUACCCCGCCGUUGCCGCUGCCGCUCCUCUGCCUUAUGCUGCUCCCGCUACCGUUGGUGUGUCUGCCCCGCUACCCGCAAGGCCGUCCUUACCACCGUCAAGUUGA